AGCGGGAGCCUGCGGGGCGGAGUUGGAGACCAUGCUGCUGUUCUGCCCGGGCUGCGGGAACGGGCUGAUCGUGGAGGAGGGGCAGCGCUGCCACCGCUUCGCCUGCAACACCUGCCCCUACGUGCACAACAUCACUCGCAAGGUAACAAAUCGGAAGUAUCCAAAGCUGAAAGAAGUGGAUGAUGUGCUUGGGGGAGCAGCCGCCUGGGAGAAUGUCGACUCUACUGCAGAGCCAUGUCCCAAAUGCGAACAUCCUCGUGCUUACUUCAUGCAACUUCAGACCCGCUCUGCAGACGAGCCAAUGACCACCUUCUACAAGUGCUGCAAUGCUCAGUGUGGACACCGCUGGAGGGACUAGGGCCAGGGUGGCCCAGCUGCCUGAGUGUCUGCUUACCUUGUCCCCCAGGGUGGAUUCUCAGCUGGGAUUAUGAAUUGUGUGUUUUUGCUGGUAUGGCAGAAAACUAACCCUUUCGGGGUGAAGGGCCAGGGUGUCAAGAAAAGUAGCCCAUUUGCCUGUCAUAGUAGUUGAAGUUAUUAAUGUCCAGGGAGUUUUUAUGUGUGGGGAGGAGACUUAUAACUAAGUAUUCUCUGUUGAAGGUCCUGUGCAUUCAUCUUUUACAUUUAUCGGGCAGGUGACAUUCGCUUACCACCAACCAACACUCUUUUUU